AGAAAGGGGAUGCAUAGGAAGACAGCAGUUAAACUCAAUGUAUUGUGAAUAUGUUAUACGAGAGUUCACAUGUCCAACAGCGGCGGCAGUAAAGCGCCGCGGCUCGUUUAAAUGUGUCUGAAACCCACGAAGAAGAGCGUCCUCCCCCACCAUGGCGGAAGCGGAGCAGCAGUCAGGAUCCACUCCCGAAGAUGAAGCACAUGCCGUCCCAGACAGCAUCACCUUCAUGGUACCCAAGAAGGAGAUCAGCAUGGUGUCAGACAUGGGCAAGUGGAAGCGAUCUCAAGCGUAUGCUGACUACAUGGGCUUUGUUCUGACACUGAAUGAAGGUGUGAAGGGAAAGAAGCUCACAUGUGAAUAUAAAGUGUCAGAGACAGUGGAGAAGUUACUAGAUCUUCUGGAGACUCUGGACCGAUGGAUAAACGAGACUCCUCCUGUUGACCAGCCAUCACGCUUUGGUAAUAAGGCCUACAGAAGCUGGUCUGCCAAACUAGACCAGGAUGCCGAGGCUUUGGUGGCAGCAAUGCUACCAGCUGACAGAUGUGCUGCAGCUCCAGAGAUAGCUGUCUAUCUAAAGGAGUCUGUGGGGAACGCCACCAGGAUCGACUAUGGAACAGGUCAUGAAGCUGCUUUCGCUGCAUUCCUCUGCUGCCUUUGCAAGGUUGGAGCUCUGCGGGUAGAUGAUCAGCUGGCUAUUGUUUUCAAGGUGUUCAACAGAUAUCUGGCAGUGAUGCGGAAGCUACAAAAGAUCUACAGGAUGGAGCCAGCUGGGAGCCAAGGUGUGUGGGGACUAGAUGACUUCCAGUUUCUUCCCUUCAUUUGGGGCAGUGCCCAGUUAGUAGAUCACCCAACACUGGAGCCCCGACACUUCCUUGAUGAGAGGGUGGUGAACGAUCACCAACAAGACUUCAUGUUCCUGGAGUGCAUCAAAUUCAUAAAUGAGAUGAAGACCGGUCCGUUUGCAGAACACUCCAACCAGCUGUGGAACAUCAGUGCGGUUCCUUCCUGGUCCAAAGUGAACCAGGGCCUGAUCCGAAUGUACAAGGCCGAGUGUCUGGAGAAGUUCCCUGUGAUCCAGCACUUUAAGUUUGGGAGCCUGCUCUCCAUCCAGCCAGGGAAGACUUGACGCUCCGGCACACAAUGGAAAGACCAAAAUCCCAACAGUUUUCUCUUCUUCUGGUAUUUUCACGUGCAAAUAAAACGGUAGCAAAAACCAACCACAUGUAGAUUCCCACACGGUUUGUCACGCAUGUGGUCAUGAAAGCUUGUAGGCCAUCCUUGACUUAAAGUCACAGCAUGUCGUGGAUGACCUUUUAUCAUUUUAGAACUAUUUCUAUUUUAUUUAUACAAUGGAUACAGCUUGAAUUUGACUUUCUUUUUUAAAAUAAAUAUAUUUUUGAAGUCUACUCAUGGCUCAUCAUGGGCAUAGACUUUGUUUGACUUCUUCAAAAUGCUUUGGUAUAGAUGAUGUUUUGACUUCAAAGAUAUUUUCUUACUUUUGCUUUCAAUGCUAAAUGUAUUAUCAUUUUGACGGAACUGUUCAUCCCAACAUCUGAGUCACAUUGAUAGGAUAAGUCUUGCUCAAAGGGGACAGUACAGUCUACCAUCAUCAACUAAUAACUUUUCCCUCAACAUUGUACUUCCAAAUUGUUAAAUUCUGCAUGUGAUAUGAUUUGGCACAUUUUAAAUAAUAUUGCAUUUGUUUGUAAUGACCAAAACACCAUUAUUAUUUUUCUGUUGUAGACAGACCUGCAAACCUUGUUAAAUAAAUUUCUCCUCUUUUAUUUGGUGACCCAACAAUGAAUUUUUGUGUUUAUUUCCAUGUUCUAUUUUAAGGUUGUUCAGUUAGAAAAUG